UUAAUAAAGGCAUUUUACUUCGUGGGACUGGGUCGAAGCGUGGGAAGCAAAGCAAGAAGCACGACGCAACUUGUUCAGCAGAUAAGCCAUUCGCCCGUGGACUUCUGCUGUGAUAACAACACGGUCCGACCAAACACUUCAGAAGCAGCUUUCAUCCGCCACUACAAAGGAAAACGAUUUCAGAAAAGCCGUAAUGGAUUUCAUUCAAACCCCGUCAGCCCCAACUCCACCCCCUCCAAACCCGCGCGUGCUAUCCACUCGCUCCCAACCCUGUUCCAGCCAAAGGCCUGAAGGGGAAGAUUGCAUAUCCGCAAGGAAAAUGCAGAAAGCUGGCCAAGAGAAACUGCGGAGGUGUCGAGUAAAUGAGCAGUUUGUCGAGUUGGGAAAUGUUGUAGAUCCUAGUAGGCCCAAAAAUGAUAAAGCAACCAUUCUGGUUGAUACAGUUCAAUUGCUGAAGGACCUCACAUAUCAAAUUGACAAACUCAAAGCUGAGUGUGCUACACUAAUGGAAGAAUCACGUGAGUUGACACAGGAGAAAAAUGAUCUCAGAGAAGAGAAGGCAUCUCUUAAAUCUGAUAUUGAGAACCUUAAUAUUCAAUAUCAGCAGAGACUCAGGGGAAUGUUCCCGUGGGCUGCUAUGGAUCACACUAUUGUCAUGGCCCCACCAUCUUAUCAAUUUCCGGUGCCAAUGCCGAUGCCUCCAGGGCCAAUUCCGGUGCAUCCAUCUAUGCAACCAUACCCCUUCUUUGGAAAUCAGAUUCCUGGGGUCAUUCCUAACCCCUGUUCAACUUUUAUUCCAUAUGUAACUCCGAAUACCUUGGUCGAACAACAAUCCACCCGGCACGCAUCUCCACUUUUGCAUUUAGGCAAUCAAUCCCCCAUCUUGGGCAAACAAGACUCCAAAAACAAGUCAUCUGAGGAAAGCAAGAAUGAAAAAAGAGAGGAUUCCAAUGAUGUUACUACAGAUCUGGAGUUGAAGACUCCUGGAUCUACUGAAGAUCAGGAUUUGUCACCGGGAAUAAAAAUUUCUAAGAAGCGUUCGAGGAAAGAAAACAGUGCUACUGAAGGCAGUUCUUCAAGUAGGUCUUCUUCAUCACGUAGCAUACAGGAUAGCUCAUCCGGUGUCAUGGUUGAUGGUGGAAAGUCUGAUGACUGAAAAAUGGGAAAGACUUAAACAAGAACAGAAAAAACCAGACAGAAACGCAGAAUCUUUUUAAAACAAUUCUGAAGAUGGUUUUUGGCCAUGCAUGAACGAACUUGCAUGAAGGCCACAGGUAUGGCGGGUGGACUGGGUGGUAUAUAGUGAUAUCGUCCGCUUAUUCUGGGCAAAGGGAAGCUCUUUAAAGCUUUGUUUGUUUAAGGAAAGAAGCAACGGCAGGUUGGGGGUGUUUAUAACCAAUGGUAGUUUGGAGGAUUUUUUUAUUUUUAUUUUUUGUGUAAAAAAUUGUAUUUUUAAUUUAUUUUUGUUGUAAAUGAAGGCCUAAAUGCUUAACGAAGACUAUUUGUUUAGUUAUUUAACUUGGGGUUUGUGUGGAUCAUGUGAAACGACAAUACACAAUACCAUUGACUUAUUAAUGACUUUUCCAGUGAGUUUCA